AUGAAAGAGGGCUUUUUUAUCCUUCUAGCCCCUUUUCUUCCCGAGCAAAUGCACAAUAAAAAUGUCUCUUAGGCCUUUUUCACGCCCUUAUUCCUGUAAACCAUAUUCUAACUCAACAAUUAUUUCAAAGUCAAUAUACAAUAUGGAUGUUUAUCGGGUCUCUGCUUGGUGGAAGGCUUUAAAGUCACAUUGGCUGAUGAAAAAUGGCCCUAUUUUCUCGCAGUCGGUUUCCUCGGUCGAGCUGUCUAAGGGACAGGAGCCGGAUUCUAUCAAACUGCAGCAUACUCGGAGUUAUUAAUCUAGUUCCCUCAGAUUCAAAAGAAAUUAGUCUCAAUGAUGGAAGUGGGUGCAGUUAUGGGCGGAUCCUCUGGCCUUGUCAUAUCAGCAAUCUUGUCAUAUCUCAUUGGAUUUAUGGGUCCCUUUCUAUUCGUUGGAUUCACUUGCCUCAUGUUCUUGAUUUUCUAAGAUAAACUCAUAUCAUUUGCUGACUAGCAAUCAGAUCUGACAUCUACAUAUUAAUUUGAAAGCUAAAAUUUAUCAAAUAACUUAGGAAGUUUAAAUUCAAGUCUCUUAAGAGAAAUGUCAUUAUAACACAAUAAAUCAAACAAUCUAAAUAAACCAUCUUUGGUAGAAGAUGACUCUGAUAAGAGUUAAUAUAUUUUGGAAUAAGAUAGUUCUGAAGAGGAGAGUCAUUAGGAAAACAAUUAAUUUGAUAAUAAAAGUUUAGGACUCCCAGACCACAAUUAAAUUAAUAAUAAUUAAGUCAAGGCGCUCCUCCAACUGCCAAAGAGAAAUUUCUUCGAUAAAGUCACGUAUUCGGACAUUAUUUUAACGAAGCGAGGCUUCUUUGCAUGUCUGACAGUGAUUGUGAAUAUUCAAACAUUUUAUUACAAUGACACGAUUCUUGCGGAGCAUCUUCAGUCCGUUUAUGGUUUUUCACCUUCGAUCAUUAGUUUGGUCUACGCUAUAUAAUAAGUUGGCUUCAUGACCACUGCCCCCAUCUCACCAAAUAUAGUGCAUAAAUUUAGUUUGGUAGGAGUGGUAGUCGUGACCCAAGUAAUCCAGGGGUCUGCAGCUUUGUUGAUUGGACCAUCAGAGAUGUUGGGACUAAGUUAAAAAAUUUAUGUAACGAUGAUUGGCCUUGCUAUCGCAGGUUUGGCCUCUCCUUUUUCAAUUAUUGCACCUUAUUCUGAAAUGGAAUAAUGUCUCAGUAUUCAUAAAACCAAAAGAUUUAACCCCCAUGAAGUAGCAGAUAUGGUCUCCGCUAUUUUCAAUUCAUCUUAUGCUCUUGGUAGUAUUGCUGGCCCUCUGUUUGGAGGCUAUGUUAAUGAGUGGACUAACUUUAGAAGAACUAACGAUAUUUAGGCCUUGCUUUUGUUUUCAGUGGCCUUUUUGUAGUUCGUUGUUGUUUAUAUACCUUAGAGGCUUGAUCAGUUCGUCAAUAAUAUUACAAAUGAUGAAAGUGAUGACAAUGGUAAUCUGAAAACUCUUGAUAAAGUUAAUAGAAACAAAUUAAAUCAGAACUAUGACGAGAAGGAACUUAUCAAAUUUAAUAACAAAUUCCAUUAGGAAAAAGAGAUGAAAGGAUAGGAAAUGGUUUGA